CAGUGCUUCCGUUGAUUACGAAUCCAACGGAGGUGGUGUUGUGCUGCUUGAGCUCAAACGGCCCAGCUUGUGGAAGGCCCAAUACCGGGUUACUGUACCAAUGGAGGAAAAAUAGUACCGGAGGAGGGAAAAAUAGUACCGGAGGAGGGAAAGGGCAGCACCCAUCGCAGAUUGGAGGGAAAAAAUACAGUCGCCUAGUUUGGAGUCGUUGCUUUACCGAUGCAGCAGGCGAUUCCAACGAUUCAGUUCCUGUGAAGAUGACGGAGAAUAAGAAUGCAGAGCCCUACACACUCAACGAGGAGAAUAUGUUCCCUUGUUUGGUUCCUCAUGUUGGUAUGAAAUUCAGAAAUACAGAUGAGGGUUGGAACUUUUGGUUAGCCUAUGGUGGUCAAAGAGGUUUUGAUGUUAGGAAAAGAUACACAAACAAAAGUAAGAUUGAUGGCAAAGUUACAUCAUGUAGAUUUGUUUGUGCCAAUGAAGGUCAUAGAGGGAAAGAUAAAAGGGAUGAUCAAGUGAAAUGUCAUCGAGCUGAAACAAGAACAGAUUGCGAAGUGCGUAUGUGCCUUGUAAAGGACAAAGAUUCUGAUGAGUAUAAAAUAAAUGAUCUGAAUUUGGAACACAAUCAUGUCCUUCACUCGCCAGAAACUUUCCACUUGAUGGUGUCACAAAGAAAAAUUUCAGAUUUGCAAGCUUUUGAAAUUGAGACAGCCGAUGAUUCAGGAAUAGGUCCAAAAGCAUCACAUGAAUUAGCAUGUCGCCAAGUGGGUGGACCACUUAAUUUGAGUUAUACCCUCCAUGAUCAUAAAAACUAUUUGCGAGGCAAGCGACAACGAGAGAUGGCAUAUGGUCACGCUGGAAGCAUGCUUAAAUAUUUUCAGAACAAAAUGGUAGAGAACCCCUUAUUUCAAUAUGCAACACAAAUGGAUAUCGAAGAGAAGAUCGCGAACAUAAUUUGGGCUGAUGCUAAAAUGGUUGUUGAUUACACACAUUUUGGUGAUGUUGUUUCCUUUGACACCACAUUUGGGACAAAUAGAGAGAGUCGACCUUUUGGUGUUUUUGUUGGAUUCAAUCAGUUUAGAGAAACAGUAAUCUUCGGUGCUGCUCUAAUGUACGACGAGACAUUUGAGUCUUUCAAGUGGAUAUUUGAGACCUUUCUAAAAGCACAUAAUGGAAAGCAACCUAAAACAUUCUACACGGACCAAGAUUUUGCUAUGGGAAAGGCUGUUGAGCAAGUGUUUCAUGAGGCAUGGCAUGGGUUAUGCACCUUUCACAUAAUGCAAAGUUCUUGAUUUGAUGAAUAUCAAGUCAUUGGCUGCCCAAUAUAUAUUAAAAAGAUGGACACGACAAGCACGGAGUGGCACAGUACAGGACAUGAAUGGGAAAAAGGUAAUUGAAAAUCCAAAGUUUGAUGCAAUGCUUCGCUAUAGAUACUUUUCUCGGAAGCUUCUGAAUUUAGCGCAUCGAGCAGCCUACUUUCCAAAGUGCACCCUAUUGAUGGAUAGCACAAUUGACAUCCUUGGUCAACAGAUUGAAGACAGAAUUACCACAUGCACAAAUGACGAUCAAAGUGUUUCUCAGAGUGAUCUUGCUCCACCAAAUGACACAUUGAGUAAUGUAUAAUUGAAGAAAAAAGAGGUUCGCAUAAAAACUUCAAAGAGAAAAAAGCUUGGCUAGGAAGAAAAACACAAGGGGAGGAAAAAUGGACAAAACAGAACUCAGUUGCAAGUACAAGUAUCAAUGGCACAAGAAAUAGAGAAAGAAGUAAGCAGCAACGAAAAGAGGAAAGAGCCUGAAGAAUAUAGUACUAUCAGCUCCUUCACCCAACUAUUGAAUGGAGCAAGCAGUGAUGAUCUAAAAAUUGAGGGAUUCUUUUAGUGAAUUCUUCUUUUUAGUUCUGGAGCAAUUGAGGAGGGCUAUUUUGUUGUUAGCAAUUGCUACUAGUAUUUUGUUUAGGAGCAAGUGAGGAGGGCUAUUUUGUUGUUAGCAAUUGCUAGGUGGAAUGUUCAGUUUCAAUCGCAAAUGACAGUUAAUUGCUGAAGAAAGAAAUGUUAUUCUUCAACUUGGCUCAGUUUCAUUCAUAGUUGACAAAUAUUGAGUGAAAACAUUCUGCAGAAAUUCAUUCAACCGUCGGCGGCAGGCAUGCUGGAGCGCUCAGCACAGCAUGCUGCUACAGCACAUCGGCCAGUGCCAGCAUUGGCGGU